UCUUUAAGAGCUAUAAAUAUAACGAUAUAUAAAUACAUCAGGAUCUCGCGAUAAAAGGCGGUAUUUGCAGACUCGCGAGACGAUAUAAAUACGCAGUGUUUAUGUUUGGCUACGGUUUGAACGUUUUCUGGCUCCUUACGCAUUUCAUUCUCUUUCCUCUGUCGCAGUUCGCCAUGUCUUCAAAAUAUGCGUCUGUAGAUUUCGAAAUUUUCGGCGAUGUUCAGGGUGUGUGCUUCAGAAUGUACACAGAGGAUCAGGCGAAAAAGCUCGGCGUGAAUGGCUGGGUGAAGAACACCAGACAGGGCACUGUGAUCGGCCAGGUGCAGGGGCCUCCAGAGAAAGUCAGCGAGAUGAAACACUGGCUGAGGUACGUCGGCAGUCCCAGCUCUCGCAUCGACCGUGCUGAGUUCACUAACGAGAGGGACAUUUCUAAACUGGAGAUCCGUGGCUUCGGCACUCGUUACUGAAUUCCGCCUACCAGACGACGAGUCCUUAACCUUUUCAGAACGUGUCCGUAAAGAAUUCGGUCAUACCAUCUUCCCUGCUGAGUCACCUUCAUUACCAGACUGUUUUAUUUAAACCUAAACGAACAAAGCAUUUCUCAAACUGUAACCAAAGCCUUAACUAUUGCAUUAUUAAUGCAUUUAUAUUUAUUAGGACAUUUUAUGUAGGUAUAAAACCAUUCAUUAUAUUUACAAAUGAGAGAAACUAUAUGUUUAUUUCAUUAUUUAUUUACUUGUGCCGAAUUUUUUACUUCUCCAAAUUUGUUACAGAAUGUUACAGAAUUGUCUUUUAACAACCCACUCCGAAAUAAAAUCAUUACACUGAAACCCACAUUCUGGUCAACGGCGCUCUCAUUUCCACACACACAUUUUGUCAUUUUGAUGGUGAAACGAAGCAGAACAUGUACAUAUUAUGUUCAAAGUCAUACACACUAAUAACCAGGCUUUACAGUAUACACCAGGGGAAAUGAAUCACAUUGAUGAAUGAAUGGAUGAUGAAUGAAUCACAUUUUCUUUUACCGGAGGAGGCAGUGUGAUGCUCUGGGCAAUGUUCUGCUGGGAAACCUUGGGUCCUGGCAUUCAUGUGGACCACCUACCUAAACAUUGCUGCAGACCAAGUACACCAAUCAUGGCAACGGUAUUCCCUAAUGCCAGCGGCCUCUUUCAGCAGGAUAAUGCUCCCUGACACACUGCAAAAAUUGUUCAGGAACGGUUUGAGGAACAUGACAAAGAGUUCAUCGUGUUGAUUCGGCCUCCAAAUUCCCCAGAUCUCAAUCCGAUCGAGCGUCUAUGG